UAUCAGGCCCAUGAAAGGGGAAAAGAAAACAGCCCCGGGAAAUGAAGAUAUGGCAAUGCUGUAAGUUGAUAAAAUAAAGAUGAAAUUGAGUGUUGAUGGCUAGAGUUGAUGGAUUUGAUGAUUUUGGAUUAUCCCGUGGAAGAUAAAUCACCGACAAAUGAUGCGGUCACCAAUACACAUGCUUCGUGAGUCCAUGUGAUUUCAUUUUUCACUCUCCUUCUCCCAUAGCCCCGAACCCUCUCGUCUUCUUCUGUCAUCGUUCCUUUCGGUUUGAUUCUCUUCUCCGCCUCCGACUCUGAAACUAUGCCCAAUUCAAUGGCUUUCGUCUUCAUCCUCGCUCUCUCCGUGCUCUUGUUCUCGUCCACCUCCUCCGCAGCUACUGUUUCAUCCGUCUCCGCCGUCGCUAAAGAUCAAGUAUCCUGCACCAUGUGCACCGAGUGUGAAAAUCCCUGCCAACCCCCUCCACCGCCUCCACCGGUGAUUGAAUGCCCGCCGCCUCCACCACCUCCCGUUGUCGAGUGCCCACCUCCGCCCUCUCCACCAUUGCCUCCGCCACCGCCCCCUCCAGCUGUCGUUGAAUGCCCACCCCCUCCGGCUCCGUCAUGUACUCCAGGUCCAUGUGAACCACGUCCACGGCCGCCGCCGCGACCACCAUGUCCGGGAGGACCUGAUUGCAGGCCACAGCCACUGCCGUGUCCGGAAGGACCUAAUUGCACGCCCGGAAUAGCAUUCCCAAUAUACCAACCAGAGGAGAGCAGCGCCGGAAAGGUGAAGGUUUUUGCAGCAUUCGGGCUCUCAUUGCAGUCGUUGAUCGCGGCGGCCUCUCUCUUCCUUCUAUAUUAUCACUUGGUCAUUUAGGUGCAUUCUUAAUUAAUGUGAUAUUCUUUCUGUCUAAGUGGAUUUCAUUGUCAGACACUCGCAAUAACCGAAAUAAAAAAGGAAGAAGCGAUCGACGGUGGUAGCUUAUGGUAGUCCAAAAUAAUUAAGGUCCACGCAUAGUAGUGGAUGACAGAGGCACACAAUCUGUGCCUUUGGCUGUUUAAUUCGUAGCACUCUGUUGACUGUUUGCUUAUUUGUGCCAUUUAUUAUGUCAUUGAUGAUUUCGUGUUGGAAGAAAAUAAUGUUGUUUUGUUCAGGUGUUUAACUAUUCGACUGGCCGUUUGGCAUUGCCAUUA